ACAAUUGCCCCCUGCACCAUACAGGCACCUUCCUCCACCUGACCUUUGCCCCUUUGAUGCUUUUAAAUACUUAUUACAACAUGCUGUAAAAACAAACUCAUCUUUUCAUCCAUUACUUGACAAAUUCCUGCAAAGCUUAUUUCUCUCCUGAGCUGAAAGCAUUUCAUCUCCUUCUACUAAUUGGAAAAGAAUUAAGGCUUCUGUUUUCUCGUCUUGUUGAGAUAUACUCGACCAUGUCUCAUCACGAUCAACCAGAGAGCUCCAAAGACAUGCAUACAAUAUCGUAUAACGAGUUAUUCUUUACAUUGCUUCACAUUUUAUUAUGUGGAUUGUUUUUGGAUAAGGUCAGUGACUUGCAGAAAUUUUUCUCAAGCUUUUGGUUCUCUCUUCGAUCCAAACAUAGCUUUGGUAACUCAAAAGUUUGGGAAGAGAACAAGAACCAAGAUUCUGAGUCGUCCAACCAGCAGCGUUACUUUAACAAGAGAGAUGAUAGGAACCUCAGCAGAGAUGAGGUGGAGAUGGCGAUGGGGAAACUGGGACUUUUUUGCAGCGGAGAAAGUGAGGAGCUCCAAGAAUCGAUGGGUUCUGAUGAGCUUUCCCAGCUGUUUGAUGAGAAGGAGCCAAGCUUAGAGGAAGUAAAGGAAGCUUUCGAUGUUUUCGAUGAGAACAAAGAUGGGUUUAUUGAUGCUCAAGAGUUGCAGAGUGUCCUCCAAAAAUUGGGGCUGAGGGAAGAAUUUUCACAGGAGAACUGCAGGGAAAUGAUCAGAGCCUAUGAUGAAAACAGAGACGGAAGAAUAGAUUUCAAUGAAUUUGUAAAAUUCAUGGAGAACAUCUUUUCUUGAAUAUACAUUUGGAAACAUCAAAAGCACACAAAUUUGAUAUUUUGCAUCUCUUUUCCUCUCCCCCUGAACCCUCUCUCAUUCUGAUAUAUAUAUUUUUUAAUUUUUUGCCUCCUAUGUUAUUUACAAUACAUAGUAAAUAUAUAGUAUUAUAGAGAAUGUUCCUUUGACCAACAAACUCAAUAUGCUCAAGUAUUGCCAUGAAGGCUAACAUGGUC